UUCAAUUGUUCUAUCAAUCUGAAAAAGUUGAUUCUGUUCUCUUCACCUCUAUCGAGACACACACGAAAAAAAAAAAGGAAAAUAGAGUACAAAUACACAUGGGUGUUGCAACAAUGGCGAAUCAUUUAGAUGCUCUUCUCUUUGUUGCCAUAGCUGUUGGUUCUUUCAUAGCGACCUCCAGUGCUGCUAGCCCCUCUGAUAUGUCCACUGCCCUUCUCAUAAGGGUAGAUCAAUCGGGAAACGGAGAUUUUAAGAAGAUACAAGAUGCCAUUGACGCUGUGCCAUCUAACAACUCUAACGUCGUCUUUAUCUGGGUCAAGCCAGGAACUUACAGAGAAAAGAUUGUGGUGCCAGCCGAUAAACCCUACAUAACAUUGAGUGGUUCAAAUCCGACUACCACUAUAGUAACAUGGAAUGAGAGUGGGGAGAUAUUCCAGACUCCGACAGUCUCUGUGUUGGCUUCUGAUUUCGUGGGACGAUAUCUCACAAUUCAGAAUACACAUGGUCCAGGAAGCCAAGCAGUGGCAUUGAGGGUGUCAGCGGACCGAGCAGCAUUCUAUGGGUGCAGGAUACUCUCUUAUCAAGAUACCCUUCUCGAUGACACAGGGAGACACUAUUACAGCAACUGCUAUAUCCAAGGCCAAACCGACUUCAUAUGUGGAAACGCUGCCUCUCUCUUUGAAAAAUGCCAUCUGCAUUCGCUUGCGGAGGGAAGUGGUGCUAUCACAGCACAACGCAGAGAGUCACCGGCCGAAAACACUGGUUUCACUUUCUUGGGUGGCAAGAUCACGGGCGUCGGAACUUCUGUCUUAGGUAGGCCAUGGGGUGCUUACUCUAGGGUGGUGUUUGCUCUAACAUACAUGUCAAGUGUGAUACUGCCUCAGGGAUGGGAUGACUGGGGCGACCCAACCAAACAAAGUACUGUGUAUUAUGGGCAACACAAGUGCUACGGAGCAGGGGCCAAUAUAUCAGGAAGAGUUGGAUGGUCGCGCAACCUCUCAGACGCAGAAGCCGCACCCUUUCUCACCAAAGACAUGAUCGGUGGCCGAGGUUGGCUUAGGCCUUUACCAAAACGUUACAACAGGACCUCUCUCGUCAUUUCUCAGAGUGUAAAUGCAAAUAACAAGUAGAGAUCUAGCUACAGCUUUCAUUUAUUUAUU